AUGGAGAACGACCGCGGAGAACUCGUCGACCUUUACGUGCCACGAAAGUGCAGCGCGACCGGCCGUCUGAUCAAGGCCACCGACCACGCCAGUGUUCAGAUCAGCGUUGCCAGGCUCGAUGAGAACGGAAGACAGGUGCCCGGCGAGAACCACGUUUACGCUCUGAGCGGUUUCGUGCGCGCCAUGGGCGAGAGCGACGAUGCCUUCAACCGAAUUACUCAGAAGGAUGGUCUCCUAAAGAACGUCUGGAGCCCCAACCGAUAG